AUGGCAGCCAAGUUGAUCGUAGCCUUGGCUUGUUUAGCCCUUUGCAAUGCCAGCCCUGUCGUUUUAAACGGUUACAUAUUCCGAAGUGGACGCGGCUAUUCAAUAGGUCAAGGAUACAGCAAUGGUGGAAGGGCCACAGGCUCCGCGACUAUCAAUGGAGGCGUCCAUCAAGCUUUUGGAAGUGCAUCCACUGACGAUCAAACUCAACUAGGAAAGAGCGGUGUCUAUGGCGCACACUACCCUGGAGAGGCUGUGGCUAAAGCGGAAGUGUACGAUACACCUGGAGCUCCUGCGUAUGGAGUAGCUAAAGCAGUUGCUGAAACCCAAAAUACACCCACCUACUACACCGUGCCCGCUCCUGGAACUAUCGUCUCUUACCAACAAAACUAUAGAACACCUGCUCAAAUACGUUACGAAUAUCCUGCCUUAUCAUCUGUUAACACUGCUGCAGAAACUAAAGGAUAUGGCUCCGCUUCUUCAAAAUCGGGAAGUGGUUUGACAUCGGCCACUAGUCAAACAAACGGCGGUUAUGCUAGCUCAGCUGCCAACAACGCUCUCAAUUCUGCAGUUGUAUCUACGAACUCUCAAGGCAUUGCCUCGUCUCAAGCCAACAUUAACAGUCCCCAAGCUAUGGUCAUAAGCUCUGCUAAAAGUAACGAACUGCGAGGCUGGCGUUUUGGAACAGCCUACAACAUUCCAGCUCCUGGCCAAGCUCACGUUUCCAGCCAAGCUAAUGGAGGAUCCGCUAAAUCGACCGCUCACACUGAUGGUGUCGUAACUACCGCUGAUGCCCAAGGCUACGGCUCCGCCAACGCUAAUGCCAAAUUACCAGGAGGAUUCGCCAAUUCAGCUGCCAACACAAAUGGCCUGGGUUACGGAGCUGCAAGAUACACUGAAGGCAACCAAUAUGGAUCUGCGCACUCAACAAUUAAUAAUGGUUUAGGCGUUGUAAAGACUGCAGCUAAUUCUAAUGGAUAUGGCAACGCUGAUUCCCAUGCCGAUAUCAACGAACAAGGUUCUCUUUCAUCAGUUUCAAACUCCAAUGGCCGUGGCACAGCUGCGUCUAGUGCAAACGGUGCCCCAACAUUUGUUUCGUUGAGGGGUGAUGGACUUCCAUACGUGUACAACCCACGAGCAAGCGUCAACACUCAAACAUCUGGACAAGGAUCUGCUUCUGCUAAGACUCAAGGACUGAACACUGGAUACAGGGUUGUAAACUCUGUUGCCAACUCUUUUGGACACGGAACUGCCCAAGCCAAUGCUAGUGCAUAACUUGGUGCUUUACCACAAACAAAUAACAUUAAGACGACUUUUGCAUGCUGAUAACACUAACUUGUCUUGAUGUAUUUGCUGACUUAUGAUUAACUAUUUAUUAUUAUUUAUUAUUGAACCUAAUUUAUUUUUGAAUUAAAAUUAAA